UCUACCUGGACCGCCGGCCCGGCCCUUGACGUUUCAAACAUUCAUCUUUGUCUCUCUCACACACAUUCAUCCAUCGUCGAUCCAAUAACUCUGCGAAAUCUCCUGCUGGGAAAUAGUGCCCAUAUUUCAACUCAACUGAGGCACGACAGAGACUGGUAAGCUGACGGCGGCCUGCUUCCAGUUAAUCCAUUCCAGCUAGCGCAUCAUGCGUUCUGAGGUCAUCGAGGCUGACACGAUCGACGCGGCUGCUGAACAAAUCCUGAAUGAGCUCAGCAAGGACACUACGAGGCGAAGCAGCAGAAGCAGAGAGAAUGUCAUCUACUUCGACGGCUGGGACGGCCUGGGGGCAUCCGCCGUCCUCCGAACGGUUGCCCAACGCCUGGCCGCAUCAGCCUCUGAUGAGCAACCAGCUCCGGACGGCGUGCAGUUUCAUCACAUCAUCCACAUCGACUGCUCAAAGUGGGAGAGCAGGAGAGCAGUGCAGAGGGCGAUAGCAGAGCAGCUUAAGCUUCCUGCUCGGGUAAUGGAGAUGCUCGACAGGCAAGAUGAGGAGGACGAUUUCCAUGGGCUGGCAGAGGGGUCCCGUGCCGAGAUACCGCAGGUCGUCACAGAGAUCUACGAAUUCAUACAGAACCAUAGGUUUGUGGCGAUCUUUCUGAACGGGAGCUGCGAGGAAGUUGAUCUGACCGAGUUUGGCUUACCCCUGUAUGGAUACACUAGCAACAAGAUGCUGUGGACAUUUCGUGGGAGGUUCCGGCUCAACCCCAGGAUGGAAAUCGACAGGGCCGUCAAGAGCACAGGAGUGACCGAUGUUUUCUUCACGGCCUCACGCCAUGAGCAAGAUCCACAGGUGCACUGGUCCUACCUUGUGCAUCAAGAGGCUGCGGAUCUCAUUGCACGCAAGAUUACCGAUACUGCAGGCGGCAUCAUGUAUUCCCCGGCGCAAGUUGAAGACUGCUUCUUGUACAUGCUAAAGCUUUGUGUCAUGACAGGCGGACACCAUUCCAUCGACUAUGAUUUGACCACCCAUGGCUGUAACUACUGGAUAUGUGAUGGCAUCAUACAACAGGGAGAUGAUGGUGAUGAUGGAGCAUGGCGAGCUGCUGAUGAUCUGCAGCAGGAGAUGCGAUUGGAUGUGGAAUGUUACCACCAAUAUUUGUCUCCUCACAUAAUGUUAAGGCGUGCUGAGACCAUGCCAUACUGGACUUCACCAUCUUAUGGGUUUCUGUUGAGCCCAGCCAACGGAGACAUUUUCCAACAGUUGAACAAACCUAUUGAUGUGCUCAAGCUCUCGCACUGCAGCUUCAGCUUCUCAUCACCUCCAUUCCUCUGCUGCCACAACCUUAGGUUUCUAUGGCUCGAGCACUGUCAAGACCAAGCAAUCGGCACAGACGGAGCUGCAGAUAAGGAGCAAGUCAUCCAGCGGUGUUUCCAGCGGCUGUGGGUGUUGGACGUGCGUUACACGCGCUGUGAUUGGAUCUUGUCCGCACGGACGCUUGAUUUCAUGGAUCAACUCAAGGAGCUAAAUGUGAUGGGAGCCCAGGGCUGGGACAUGGGCCAGCUGCAGGGGCGUCUCCCUAACAUCCGCAAGCUCCGAGUAACAAAGUCAACAGUCGGCUGCAGUAAUUGUUCAGAAAACAACUUGAUCUUCUUGGGGAUGAACAAGAUGGAGCUCCUUGAGUUUUCUGGAAAUCGUACUACCAUGCCAGGUGUGGCAAACAUACCGGAGAUGAGCACCAGCAACAACUGCCUUGAGACUGUGAUCAUUAUUGACGGGUGUGUUGGGAUACAAAAGUUCUCCUUCAGAGGAUGUGCUAAGCUAAAGCAUAUAUUGUUGAGUGGAUUGUUUGAGGAUCUCCGCAUCCUAGACUUGUCGGGCACAGCUAUCAAGACGCUGGAUCUCAAUGCCAUGAUAGUUCGAAACCUUGAUGAGCUCUUACUAGAUGGCUGCGAGAAGCUCUGUGCAAUCCUGUGGCCACCAGAAGACAGAAGGAAAAGCCAUUUGCAGAAGCUGCACAUCGACACCACACAGUCAGCUGCGGCAUCAUUAUUGGCACCAGGCCGGGAUGAAAAGUCCAUGGAGGGUCGUAACACUACCACCAGAGUCAGGAGAAGAUCAUCAGCAUCAUUAUCUGUGGCCCAUGGCGGUCAAUUACCCUCUGGAUUUUAUUGGUGCAUAUGGGUAAGAGAUGCAAGGCUCCUCAGGUCACUUGUGCCCCUUAAAAGCUAUUUUGAUACUAGGGAUGUACACAUGGAGAUUUCCUCUCCUGCCGUUGCUUUAGGUUCUGCAAGCAAGGAAGCAGUCGAUAGCAGGAGCAGUAUGAAGCAAGGUAAAGAUAAUUCGACGUAUACAGAUGUUGUAGACAGCUUCAAAGACCGUAUGCUGCUGCAAGCAAGCCAAGGCGAUGGUGAUGCACCAACGCUCACAGGGAUAUGUCCGUGCCCAGAUAUGCCUUCCUUGGCGGCCAGUAACUGCUACAUGCACAUGCAAGACCGCGGACAGCCGAGAAGCACCGAAUCACUGCAGGAGGGUGAAGAAACAAGUACUAUUACCAUGCCAGAUCUGAUCUGUCGGCGUGCUCUCAUACUGCACGUGCAUGAUAGCUUGUCCAUCACCAGUAUCCCAGGCCAUGCACCUGCGAUGAGUUCAAAAUGGUAUCGUCUAGAUUGGUGCCGAGUCGAGCGGUGCCCCAAGUUGGGAUGUGUAUUUACCACUCCUCAAUUAGAAGGAAGCGGUGACGAGCCCAUCUUUUACUAUCUAAAGACAUUCUGGGCAUCACAGCUCCCUAAAGCACGCUACAUCUGGAAUUGGAGCAGAACAUUGGCAUUCGACAUUGGGAGAAGAUCAUUUGAGGAUCUUAAGAUACUGCACCUAGACUUGUGCCCCAGAAUAAUACAUGUGCUCCCCUUGGCCAUGCCAAUGGUCGAACACAGUUUACGCAACCUAGUGACCCUAGAGAUUGUGUGGUGUGGGAAUCUCGAGGUUGUCUUCCCCUUGUACACCGAUGCUGGUGGGAGCCACCAACAUCAGGAGCAAUCAAUAAUUACGGUGGAAUUACGGAAUCUGGAGCGCAUCCACCUGCACGAGCUGCCCAAGCUACAGGGCAUCUGCGGGCGCUGGAUGAUCUCUGCUCCCAUGCUUGAGACCGUCAAGAUCAGGGGCUGCUGGAGCCUCAAGCGCCUGCCGGCCGUCAGCAGCGGCGGGAGCAAGAAGGUGGAGUGCGACUGCGAGAAGGAAUGGUGGGAGAAGCUAGAGUGGGACAUGGGCGCCAACCACCAUCCUUCCCUGUACAAACCGAUCCACUCGCGGUAUUACAAGAAGACCAUGCUCAGGGGUUCCGUGCUCACCUGAGCCUGCAGGAUAUAUUUAUAAGUGGUGGCUGCUUUGCUUUGCUUGGCUUGGCUUAUGGUUGGCAUUGCUCGGCCCCUGCAUUCAUGGUCGUGUCCUACUCUUGGCAGUGUACUUGCUUCUGAUGUCUCUGUGUGUGUGUCCAGAAUGCUUGAUCCGUCUGUGUUGUUGUUGUUGAUCCCUCCCCUAUUUAUUUAUAUGAACACAAGUAAUAAUAAGUGAUGAUGGUUGUGUUUUU